AUGAAAGCAUCAGCUAGAAGUACCAAAGUGUUAGUGGCAAUUGUCCAGAACUGGCUUGACAGUUACGAACCAACACACAAAGUCGUACUUAUUAAUGUACCGACUCGACCACGACGGCGACACCUCUUGCCAAUAGAAGACCAUCUCCUAAAGGAAAUUGAAAGGAAAAAUGGAAAGCUAAUUCGGCGGAGAUGUGUGGGUUGCUAUGAUGCGAGAAGAAACUUGGGCGAACCGCCCAAAAUAGCUACUAAUAAUGCGAAAAAAGUUUCACAAGCGUGCAUGGAAUACGUCACGUCCCAGAAAGGAAAGAUUUUGAUGAAACUUCAUGGGUAUACAUACUCUUUAAAGAGUGACACAAAGUGCAGAAAAAAGAAUCGUUGGGUAUGCUCCACCCACCAAGUGAAAAGGUGCCCGGGGGUCAUCCUCAUCACUGAUGGAAAGAUCGUUAGCAUGAAUGAAAACCACAACCAUCCACCGAAAUUGAAAGAACUUCUUCCAUUCAUGUAUGGCCCACCUGCUUGGUUUACGUAUGAUCAAAAUCGCCAAGUGAAAGAUGAAAAUUCAUAG